UUUACACAAACAGUACGUAAUUUCGAUUAAAAAUUAAAGCAAAUCGUACUUUAAAAUUAUGUAAAGAUUAUGAUUCUGAUUCGAGAAAAUUACCAUUAAACUAUUGUGAAGUGAAGUGUAAAUAGUAUCAGUGACAAAACUGUGAAAAUGUAUUGCAUUACAAUCCUGAUAAUGUUGUUGGUAAAACAAGAUAUCGUGAGGUCUGUGCGACUCGUGGAACUCAGGGUUCCGACCCAUGAGCGGGAAGGAGGCUCCGCGUUGCUCGGCUGCCAGUACGACCUGGAAGGGGAUACCUUGUACGCAGUGAAGUGGUAUAAAGACGGUAAAGAGUUCUUCAAAUACGCACCGAGAAUUCAAACGCCCAUGAAACAUUUUAAGCUGCCCGGUGUUCAUGUUAAUGAAUCCCGAUCCUCGACUACUGUUGUGGCUCUCGAAAAUUUAACGCGCGAAUCUGCAGGACUGUACGCCUGUGAGGUUUCAGGAGAAGCUCCUAGUUUUAUGACGGCUCGUAGUGAGAAAUAUAUUACAGUUCACUUAAUACCCGAUACAGGACCAAAGCUAACGGGCUUAAAAGACAAAUAUUUUCUCGAUGAUCUGGUAGUAUCGAACUGCACUACAGCCCCCUCAACACCGGAAGCCCAUUUGAAGUGGUUAAUCAAUGAUAGGCCGGUUCUAAAGAGGUUCCUUCGCGGACCCUGGUACAGAGUUUCAGCGGACCGCCCCGAUGCCAUAGAAACUACAUUGCAAUUAAGAUUCACAGUGACACCGUCAGAUUUUGUCGAUGGCGCCAUGAAAUUAACUUGUCAAUCGACAAUAGCACCACUGUAUCAGCAAGAAACAACGUCCACUCAUUAUAUAGAUUUGCCACUCAGCCUAGAAACACCAUCACCGGUUUCCUCUCCAAGUACAGAUCACGCCAUCAAGACGAAUUGGUCUAUCUUAACUGUACUAUUGUCCGUUUUAUUUUUAAGGAUAUAAAUAUGGGUCCGUUGAAACACCUUGGACACCGCUUCGUGGAAAAUGAAUUUAGUCUACAUGUAUACUGUUACGUCAAUUUUACGGAGCUCUAAUUACCGUUUUGUCUAGACGUUGCAAAUUUACUUUGGAGGACCUUAAGCAUGCGUGAAUAAUUUUGACUUUAUGUAAUCCGAGAAACAGGACCUAGUGAGAAAUGUGUAAAAAAUUUAAGAUACUCGUAUUCCCUGGGGUCCAAGAUGCUUUUCGUUGCAUUUACGUACUAACUUUAUUACUGAAUUAUAAUUUUAUGUAUUUAAUUUAUGUAGUUUAAUUCUUAUUCUUCUUCUUCUUAUCUUAUAUUAUCAGCACGUUUACUAAUAAAUCGGUACUGCAAUGAAAUUGCGUCAAUUUUUAGAAAUAAUUUAGAAAUAUAUUAUAAUAGUAAUAACUAUAUUUAUUUUAAAGCUUUUAUAGAAUUACCAUGUAAAA